AUGGCAAGCGUUUCUCUCUUUUACUUUCUUGAAUUUCCUCUUUUUUAUUCCAUUUUUCUUUCUUUUUUAUCUUUUUUUUUCUCUUCCUUUUCAUAUCUUUCUUUUCUAUUUAUCUUUCUCUCUUUCAAUUGUUCUAACAACAAAGAUGAGGACAAUAGUUCAAAUAUAAAUAGUGUAAAUAACUAUAUAUCUUUCUUUCUCUCUUUCUUUCCAUAUCUUUUUCUAUUUCUUUUCAUAUUUUUCCUUUCUUUCUUUGCUCUUUCUUUCCAUAUUUUCUUUUCUUACUUUUCUGUUUAUCUUUCUUUCUCUUUUCAUAUAUUUCUUUUCUAUUUAUCUUUCUCUCUUUCUUUCCAUUUCAUUUUUCUUUCCCUCUUUUUCUAUAUCCUCUUCUUUCUCUUCAUAUUUUUCUUUUCUAUUCUUCCUUAUCUCCUUCUCACUUUCCAUAUGACUUUUUCUGUUUUCAUUAUUACUCUUUUUCCCUCUUGCUUUUUUUUUUUUCUAUUUUAUUCAUUUUUACACUUUCUCUUUUUCUAUUUCAUUUUUUUUCUUUUCCCAUUUUUUUCCUUUUUUCUUAUUCCUUUUUGUUCUUAUUCUCACUUACAUUUUCUCUUUUCUAUCUUUCCUAAUUUUUCUUCCUUCUCUCUGCUACACAUUCUCUUUUUCUAUCUUAUUUCUCUUUCUUUUCCUAUUUUUCCCAUUUUUUUCACAUUUGUUCUUUCUUGUUUUUUUUUCAUUUUUUUUUCCUUAUUUUUUCUUUCUUCUCUUUCCCACCCAUUCCCUUUUUCUAUUUUGUCUUUCUUUUCCUGUCAUUCUUUCUUUUCCUCUCUUCCACUCUGUCUUUUUUUCUUCUUUCUCUUUGCUUCUUUUUCUCUUUCAUUCUUUCUUCUUUUAUAUUUCUCUUUCUCCACACACCCCUGCUAG